GCCUCAAUAGACUGACUGUUUUCAUUCGCACACACUCUCAAGUCCUCUGACCUGUUACGUUCACUAAACGCGCUUCCCCACUGAAACCGUCCGUGUGGAUUGUCGCCUCUUUUUUGUUUCUUUUGCGGUGAACAUCUCUCGGCUCCCGCGCGACCAUGGAGCGGACCUGGACCGCAUUAUUUGGCUAUUUAUUGUUUAUCUUGUGUCUCACCGCGGAGGGGACGCGGGGCCGAGAAAGGGUCUAUUAUGUGGGGGUCAUCGAGGACUUGUGGAAUUAUGCGCCAAGUGGAAAAAACCUGCUGAACAACGUGGACGUCGCAAAUGAUGAGCAUGCAUCAAUUUUUCUGGAGAGAGGACCCCAGCGUAUUGGCAGUGUUUAUAAAAAGGCCAUGUUCCGACAGUACACCGAUGCCACAUACAGCCAACAAGCCCCCCGGCCCACCUGGUUGGGCUUCCUGGGACCAAUACUGCGAGCGGAGGUCAACGACAUCAUCGUGGUCCAUUUGAAGAACAUGGCAUCCAGGAACUACUCGAUGCAUCCCCAUGGAGUUUUCUAUGAGAAGAACAUGGAAGGAGCGCUUUAUCCAGAUGGAACAUCUGGUCACCUCAAGCAGGACGACUCUGUACCACCAGGGGGAAGCUACACUUACCGCUGGGAGGUCAGGCCCGAAUUUGCUCCGACUGAUGACGACGCCAACUGCUUGACCUGGGUUUACCAUUCUCACUUGGAAGCCCCCCGGGAUAUCGCCUCCGGACUUAUCGGGGCUCUGCUUACAUGCAAGAAAGGGAUCCUGAAGCAGAGUAGUGAAGAGGGCAUAGAUCGCAAUGAUGUGGCCCAGGAUGUCUUCCUGAUGUUUAACAUCGUGGAUGAGAACCUGAGUUGGUACCUCGAGGACAACAUUCAGAGAUGUAUUGAUCCAGCUGGAGUUGACCGUGAAGACGAAGACUUUGUGGAGUCAAACCUGAUGCAUGCCAUUAAUGGGUACAUGUUUGGUAACCUGCCCGGAAUUGAGCUGUGCCAGCACCGUGCAGUGUCUUGGCAUUUGUUUGGCAUGGGUAACGAGGUGGAUAUUCACUCUGCCUUUUUCCAUGGAAAUACCUUACUGGACCGUGGCCACCGAACCGAUGUGCUCAGCCUUUUCCCAGCUACUUUUGCUACAGCUGAGAUGAUCCCGACAGCAGGGGGCAAAUGGCUGCUGACCUGCCAAGUUAAUGACCACCUGCAAGCUGGGAUGCAGGCUUUUUAUCAAGUGAAGUCAUGCGGCAAUGAGACCAGUUCCACAAAGAUGAGUGGCAUUGUCAGGAAUUACUAUGUGGCAGCAGAGAAAGCCUUGUGGAGCUAUGGUCCUUUGGAAACAGAUCUGAUCCAAAAUGUUUCCCUCACUGAUCCCGACAGUCCAUCAGAGACAUUUUUUGGUAAAGAUGGAGGUCGGAUCGGCGGUACCUACAUGAAGGUGACAUACAAAGAGUACACAGACGAUACUUUCAGCACGGAAAAAUUACGGAGUACUGAUGCUCUCCACUUAGGAAUCUUAGGUCCGAUCUUGAGGGCGGAGGAAGGAGAUACCCUACGAGUGACCUUCUUGAAUCGGGCUGAUAGAAACUACAGCAUUCAUCCUCAUGGCUUGCACUAUGAAAAGCGCUUUCAAGGAAGUAGCUAUAAUGAUGGUGUUGACAAACCUGGCGCUCACGUCGCUCCGGGGGAGACUUUCACCUACACCUGGCAGGUGCUGGAAGGCCCAUCAUCCUCUGACUCUCCCUGCAUCCCUUAUUUGUACUACUCUGCAACAGCGCCUGUUGAGGACACCAACUCGGGAUUAGUGGGACCUCUGCUCGUGUGCUCCAGAGGAACAUUGGGGGAAAACGGAACUCAGGGUGUGGACAAGGAGUUCUUUCUUCUGUUUUCUGUCAUGGACGAAAACCUUAGCUGGUAUUUGAAUGAGAACAUCGACGCAUUUGGCACCAAUGAGUCGAAAGUAGAUGAUGAAGACUUUCAGGAGAGCAACAAGAUGCAUGCCGUAAAUGGACUCAUGUACGGGAACCUUCUCGGACUGGACAUGUGCGCCGGGGACAAAGUUAUGUGGUACACCUUCGGUCUGGGCACCGAGGUGGACAUCCACGGUGUUUAUUUCGAGGGGAACACCUUCAAGAAGCAGGGCACCACGAGGGACACCCUCAACCUCUUCCCUCACACCACAACUACUGUGGAGAUGCAGCCAGACACUCCUGACACUUACGAAGUGAGCUGCAGAGUAACAGACCACUACUCAGGUGGCAUGAGGCAGCAGUACAGGGUAACCCGCUGCCCAGGUCGCAAAGUGAAUAGCAUGCAUACAGCGCCGACCAAAACUGUUCAGUAUUUUAUCGCCGCUGAAGAAAUCGAAUGGGACUACUCACCCAGCAGGGAGUGGGAGCUUGAGAAACACCACAGCACAUCAGAGGACAGUCCAGGCAAUAUAUUUGUUGGGAAAGGGAAGAACCGAAUUGGCUCACGCUACAAGAAGGUCGUGUAUAGAGAAUACACUGAUGAAAGUUUUACAGUUAAGAAGAAGAGGAAUCCCAGUCAGGAGCACUUGGGAAUUCUGGGUCCAAUCAUCAAAUCUGAGGUGGGGGAAAAGAUUCUUAUCAUGUUCAAAAAUAAAGCAAGGCAUCCAUUCAGCAUUACUGCACAUGGAGUUCAGACCUUUGGCCCUUCUCUUGCUGUCCAGUCUGGUUUCUUGACAAUGGUGUCUUGGAAUGUACCGGAAAGCUCCGGACCCGGGGACUCGGAUCCGAACUGCAUUUCCUAUGCCUACUACUCUGACGUUGACUUCAUCAAGGAUUUAUACAGUGGUCUUCUGGGCCCGCUGGUGGUCUGUAGGACCGGGACUCUGAGGGGUGAGGGGUCCAAACGACAGAGGCUCGACGUAGAGAAGGAGUUUGCGCUGUUUUUCAUGGUGCAUGAUGAAAACCAGUCCCACUAUUUAAAAGAGAACAUCAGAACAUACCUCGGGGAGGACCCUGACACCUUCACACCGGAUGAAGAAUUUGAGGAGAGCAACAAGAUGCACGGGAUUAAUGGCAAACUCUACGGCAACCUCCAUGGACUGGUGAUGACCCAGGGACAAACGGUUGACUGGUAUCUACUGGGCAUGGGUAACGAAGUGGACAUGCACACUGUACACUUCCAUGCUGAGACUUUUACCUACAAGACCGAUCGCGUGCACCGUGCGGACGUCUUUGACCUCUUCCCCGGGACUUUUCAAACUGUGGAGAUGGUGGCUGGAAACCCGGGAACGUGGCUGCUCCACUGUCACGUGACUGACCAUAUCCACGCAGGCAUGGAGACCACCUUCACCAUCAAUGCUGCUGCUCCUGAAGGUCCCAGGCAGAUCUUGUUCUUCUCCCUCACAUUUGGACUUUUGGUAGCAGCUGGGAUGCACUGACAGACUCUGGGAACUGUCGAAAUACACUGGGUUAAAAAAAAAAAGGGGCAGAAUCACACAUGGCUAUUUGUUUACUUGACGUUGUGCCUUAAUGCAAAUGUCAACCUUGUCCAAAUAUUUCUAAGAUUGUGCAAAUUCUAGUACAGUAUAUGUAAUAUUCCUUUAGAACUAUUUUAUAUGUUUGGAAGCUUUCGCUGUUGUGUUAUGUUCAUUUGCUCGGCUGGGUUAGCAAAGCACUGCUGCACCAAAUAUUUUGAUAUGAAUGUAACUGUACAAUAAAAUUGUUUUUGUCAAA